AUGGAAUCUGUUGGUGUUUUUGCUGAUGGGGAAUGGGAAUCCUUGAGCAGGUUGUUUACUUCCGAAGAGGUUGAGUUCACACCACAUUUUCUUUCCCAGGGAAAUUCAUUCCCUUUCCAGCACAAUGAGGGAAUGGGAUUUGAAACCCGAGAAUCUUUUUACCCCAAUAUUCCUGGAGCUGAAACCUUUUUUCACCAUCCUUCUUCAGAGAGUCCCAACUCUAAUGUGGACUAUCUUUCUUCUCAAGAAAGUUGUAACUAUGGUGACCAUAAUCAUGGCAUUUUUACUACCAUUUUGAACCAGGAAAAUUGCUACUUUAGUAAUUCUUGCAAUUUCCCAGUGGGUAAUAUUGAUGUCUCUGAAUCCAUGGAUGUUUAUAUGAAUCGUGAUGGGAAGAGUUUCGCCUCCUUCGUCCCGACUUUUUCCGACAUUGUGAUGCAUGGAAGUGAGUGCAACAAAGAGGAUUCGGGCAGUGAUAGCCAGCCGGCUAUUGUUCCGGUUCCUGAAAAGGAAUUGCAGCUCAAAAGGGUGCAUGAUGCGCCGGAAAAAUCCAGCAACGACACAUCCGACAGCAAUCCGAAGAAGAAGCCUCGUCUAUCGAAAGAUGUAGAAAAAAGUAAGAAAAAUAAUGUAAGGUCAAAGAAGGGGCAAAAGGGUAAUUCAGAUGUGAAAUUCAAAGAUGAAGAAGAGAGGCUGCAGAGCACAAGUUCUUGCACCUCUGAGGGUGAUAAUGGUUCUCUGGAGAUCAAUGGAGGAGAAACUUCAGACCCCAAAGCUUCAUCUACCCUUAACUUGAAUGGGAAGACCAGAGCCAAUAGAGGGUCUGCAACUGAUCCCCAGAGCCUCUAUGCUAGGAAAAGAAGAGAGAGAAUCAAUGAGAGACUAAGAACCCUACAGCAUCUUGUCCCUAAUGGAACAAAGGUUGACAUUAGCACAAUGCUUGAAGAGGCAGUUCACUAUGUCAAGUUUUUGCAGCUCCAAAUCAAGCUUUUAAGCUCAGAUGAUAUGUGGAUGUAUGCUCCCAUUGCUUAUAAUGGAAUGGAUAUUGCUCUCGACCUGCAAAAGCUCUCUCCACUUUUAUGA